GGGGUCCAUCGGUGAGGGAGAGAGUGUGGGGGGUGGCUGUGGUCAGGAUUUCGGAUCAGUGUAGGAAGGGCAGUGGGCUGGGUGGGGGUGUCUCUGCAAUCAGCACCAUGGAGCUCAGCAGCCUGCUGAAGUCCCUGCAGCUGGAGAGGCCACCAGACAGGGGAGACCCCGAAUGCCCAGCUGCCACUGCCCCCACAGCAGAGCAGGUUCUCUCCCAAAUCUUGUUGCUUUUCUCAGCGGAGGGAGUCAGCAGCAGUGCCAAGGUAGGGAUGGUCAGGGACCUGCGUGUGCUCUUUGAGGCUGCAGACUGCCAGUGGCUGUUUGGGGGCUGCCACCCCAAUGUCACCCCCAAGUUGCUGGGGGACUUGGUGGCUGCGCUGUGCCACUAUGCAGCACUGCCAAAGCAGGAGUCGGACACCGGGGGCCCAACCAGCAAUGAUGGCUUUUACACCACAGUGGCCGAUAGAACAGCAGACGUUGGCUUGGUGUUUCUUAGCCUCCUGGCUAAAGUGGAGGGAUCCAAGUACCUGGGUGCCGUGGUGGUGAGGCAGGUGCUGCCACAUUGCCUAGGACUGAUCUACAUCUUUGCUGCAACACACCACACAGAGAAGCCGUGGACCAGCCCGAGGUCUCAGUCAGUAGCACAGGAACUGCUGACCUUGCUGGUUCAGGUUGCAGGCUGUGGGUCAGUGGCUGAAUUUCUCCAGGGAGGAAGCGAAGAUGAAGAAGGGAGGUUUGCUGCUGUGAUGAGACUCCUGAAACCAGAGCUGACUAAAGAAACUUGGAAGCGCAACCCUGCCACAAAGCAUGUGUUCUCCUGGACACUGCGUCAAGUCACCCGGCCAUGGCUUAGCCGUCACCUGGAGAGUGUCCUCCCACCGUCACUGCUCCUCUCGGAUGACUACCAGGAGGAGAAUAAAAUUCUGGGCGUGUGCUGCCUGCAUCAUAUCAUUCUCAAUGUGCCAGCUGCUGAUUUGAACCAGUUUAACAGGGCACAGGUUGUCUACCAUGCACUGUACCAUCACCUCUACGUACGGGAGGCACAGCUCAUUCAGGUGGUGCUGCUGUGCUUGCUGGACCUGCUGCAGGUUCUGGAGAGAUCCCCACAGCGGCUGUCCCAGGAACCCAGAACCACUACUCCCUGUCAUGAGGUCCUGCAGCUAGUUCUGACUCACAUGGAAGCAGAACACCGCCUCCCACUCCGGAGAGUGUAUGCCAGGAACCUGCCUGCCUUUGUGAAGAGACUUGGCAUCCUGAUAGCACAGCAUCUGAAGAGGCUGGAGCGGGUGAUUGUGGGAUACCUGGAGGUCUGUGAUAGUCCAGAUGAAGCAGCCAGAUUGGGAAUAUUAGAGACACUGAAGUGCACCAUACAGCAUGCCUGGCCAAGAAUGGCAUGCAGGCUCGCUGUGCUCCUCAAGGCCCUGCUGAGGAUGAUUUGGGAUGUAUCUACGGAUGAAGGCCUGACACCACAGCCAGUGAAAACAGCCCUGCUCCAUAGGGCCACAGAGUGCCUGAUCCUGCUGGAUCACUGCUCUCAGGGACAAGUGAAGAUCCUGCUUGAAGGAAUCUACCACAGCUGUGAUGACUGUAGCCUUCGGGCAUGCAUCAGGCAAGUGCAAGAGAACACCUGAGACACAGCUACUAAUUGCCAGAAGCUGCUUUUUUGUUUUUUAUUACAUUAAAAUAUUUAAAUUUC